AUGCCUCUGGAUUCACACCCUCUAUCGGCAGAAGAGGUGGUAUCAGCGUCCAGGAAGCUUCGCUCGAGGCCUCCCAAACCGAACGAUGAUGACCCCCCACGUCCCGUCACGAGCUACUUUACCCUCAAAUCGCAGUCGGAUGAGCGCGCAGCCAGCUCGCUACACCAGGUCACGGCGUCGGAUACGUCGGACAUGAAUGCAACCGUCAAACCCCCUCUUCGUCGACCAAAGUCCAAUCCUUUUGGCCCGACUUUCGCAACAGGCCCUAUCUCGCCCGUUCCAAGUGACGAGUCCGUACACAGGAGGACAUCGUCCGCUCAUCCGUUUGCCAGUACCAGUCGUCAUUCUUCGUAUCAGGUAGAUCAUAAUCGACAUCUAUCUACUCCAGGGAUUACGCCACGAGCCCAACCGAUUCCGUUGGUUUCAGAGUCGUCAUUCCUAUCAGACGAGGCUGCAUCGCUAAUCCUGUCCACAAUGUGGCACGAGAUUACGGAAGAUGAAGUAUUCUCGACCAUGGCGCGCCUCACAAAAGUGGCAGGGGCAGCGCAUCCUCCAGAACAUAUUUAUGGAGCUGCACUUCGCCUCUUAUCCGCCAAACUACACGACAAACCCAAAGAUGCUGUGGCAAAGAAUUCUGUUGAAGGAGCUCUGCAAAUCACGGGGGCAUCAAGCCCUACAGUAGACGAGACGCGGCAAUCGCAGAAACAAACUGCACUCAAAACAAUAGACGGGCCACAAUUGGAUAUGUCUGACUCGCUCACGGAGGCGAUCGCAGAGGCAUUCACUCCAUUGGGUCUUCCGAGCAGCGUAGUCCUUACCUCGCCAAUCGAAAGCACCAAUGCAAAUGAUGAUACUAGAUCAAUCGCUUCUUCCAGAAUAAAUGACAAAGACACGCCGGACAGGGCCAGCAUUCGCAGCCGGGUCAGUACUCGAAGCAAGGAGAGUAGACAUCGGCCCAUGUCUACGCUUGGAGAGUGGAUGGGCGGGUGGUGGCGAGACAAGAACAAGAGUGACGGCUCUCUAGGUGUAGAAAAUUCUACACGGGAACGUUCUAUAUCUCCCGAGGGCGACGAGACAGAACGUGAUCAAAAGAGACAGAAAGGUUCAAACCCGAAGAGUGCGCUGUCGCCGCUAGCAACAUCUAAUGCGCCACAAUACAUAACGGGUACAUCCUCUGACGGCAAGAAGCAGACGCGACGCAAACUCUCUAUUGUCGUAUCACCAUCAAGCGGACCUGACAGAUCACCGACAACCGGAAGGUUCCAACCCCUUCCUACACCUGUCCUUCCACCUGUAAUUGCGACGCAGAUACAUACACCCCCCGAACAGCCGACUCCUUCGGUCCACGGGUCGUAUAAGAGCACGGAGGCUCCAGCUUUGCCAUCGGGGCCACAUCCAUAUCAUAUUCGCGCAAUCUCCUAUGCCACUCGGGUCAUGACUGGCGACCCCAGUAGUGUCCUGCUGGAUAGCGGCAUCAACACCUCUGCUUUUAUUGCAGAACGCGCCCACGAUCUGGUCGCUAAUCUUAAAUACGAUAAGGGUUUUGUGCUACGUGAAGACCGAGGUGGCCAAAGGAGCACGCCACAACGACCAUCAACCGCUACAUCGGAGGUCUCGAGUCCAGCUCUGGCGGUGGUUCAUAUCGAGUCAACCGAGUCCAGGGAAACCAUUGUAUCCAACUUGACAAAGACGUUAAACUCAAGUACACUGGCUGGAAUCGGUCGACGAACAAGUUCCAAAGCAUUUGCUGCCCCCCUUUUCGCGCCUUUCGCUGCUCGACCAUCCGCCACCUCCGAACCGCCAAAGACCACGACUACGUCAUCUGUUGUACCACCCCCUGGCCCAGCAAUCAAUCCGACUCGGAAAUUAGGGACCGUUGAACUCGACUCGAUCAUUCCGGUCGAAGCAAAACCGCCUACCCUCUACCUGUCGAGACAAUACUCGUCCUCCAUUGCCGUUCCCGGAUUCAAACCAUCCGCAUUUCCUUCUGCACCUUCAAGGUUUGCCAACAAGUUGAAACAACCCGCCCAACUCCAGACUGAUAGAUUUGGAUUCAUCUACGAUGCUUGUGUGUACGAUGUGAACCUACUCGCACAGGCUCGAGAAUUCCACAACUCUGCACCUGCUUGCCUCACAGGUGUUCGCAUUGCAGAUCGGGAAGUAGAGUCUGAGGAUGAAGAGUGGUGGCCAAGUUACGAAGGCGAACUACCUCCGUCGAAGAAGAAACAACUCAAAAUCAUGUCAGAGCCGUGCUCCUGUCAAGAUGGCAUCCUACCUCAGCAAGAGGGUGAAGACAUAUCUCCACCUGCGGAGACAAAGCCAUCAGACCUAAGUGCAGCACCUCAGGAUCCGCCCAACAGACGAGAAGAUGUGGUACCAAACCACGUUUGUAUAACGACAGUGAGAGUCCUCCUUACGGAGCUCACAACGGUGCACGACGAGAAGCAGCGGCAACAGCAAGUAGAGUGGGAUGCAUUGGUUAGGAAGGCUAAGCGACGUAUCAAAGAGUCUACAUCCAAGCAAGGGACAGCCCAAGCCGUCCUCGCACAGGCGUCUUCAGGAGCAGCUGCACUACUCGGUCUCUCCCGACCCCCCGAAGAGGCAGAUCCAGAGCACCAAGAAGAAUCGUGGACUGCAGGCCUCGGGCUCGCGCACAUCUCGACAAGCAAAGAAGACAAGAAAGAGUUUGAUCGGAUGAUACGGGCGGGAAUUCCUCUGACCUACCGAGCGAAAGUGUGGUACGAGUCCAGUGGCGCACUCGAAAAUCACGAACCUGGAACGUUUCGCGAUCUCUGGCUCGAGGCCGAAAAACUACAGAGACAGACGAAGGAAGGAGUCGCGAAGCACCUGACCAUGGAGGAGAUUGAGAAAGACGUCACGCGGACCAUGCCCUUGAACAUCUUCUUUGGUGGAGAUGGCCAGGGUGUGGACAAACUAAGAGCUGUUCUCGGUGCUUACAGCCUGCGCAACCCAUCCGUCGGUUAUUGUCAAGGGAUGAAUCUUGUAGCCUCAACUCUACUACUGGUGUUUGCGAAUCAAGAAGAAGCGUUCUGGGUUUUUGUGGCCAUCAUAGAACGGAUCCUCCCGGCGGAAUUCUUCUCCCCGUCUUUACUGGUCUCGAGGGCAUGUCCAAUGGUCCUAUUGGACUAUGUCGAGGAGCACCUCCCAAAGUUAUUCAAACACCUAGGCGACAUGUCCGUAGACCUUCCAGCAAUCUGCUUCAGCUGGUUCUUAUCGUUAUUUACCGACUGCCUACCAGUUGAGACCCUGUUUAGAGUAUGGGACCUUCUUCUCUGUGACAAAGAGGGGAUGGAUGUACUAUUCCGCCUCUCUUUCGCAAUACUCAAGAUUGGGGAGUCUGAUCUCCUCCGUUGUCAGUCACUUUCUGGGAUUUACUCUGUACUUGAAAGUCUUCCGACAAGAAUGUGGGACGCGGAUAGGCUUCUGAAGAUUGAACUCGAACUGCGUUCGAUGAUUCAUCAUGAUGAUAUACUUGAUGCAGAGAAAAGUGCAGUACACUCUGUGACGAUCUUUCAGUCGGAUAGCGCAGAGAUAGUGCGGAAAUUCACGAUUGACCUCAAGAGUGGCGAUAAUGUCGUAGAAAUCACUCAUCUUCCGCAUAAUAUGGUGGUAGAUUCCCUCAGAGUCUCGGGUAUAGGGAAUGCAAUCCUCUCGGACGUCGUCUGCAUCCCACCCAAGCGUGGGGGUCGCCAUUCUACCACGGGCAAGUCGGAGACAUUGAUCGCGCUCGAAGAUGAAGUGUCGCUUGUGACGAGUCAGAAGAAAGUACUGGACUACCAGGCUAUGGCGCUCGUCAACUAUUCUCGCACACUAUCAGCGGAACACAUGAGUCCCGAUGAUUUUUUCGCUUUUCUGCACGGUUUUAAGAGUAUGGGUCUCACAAAUAACGAGGAGACGAGUGCUCUCGAUCUGCGCCUUCGCGAAUUGGAGAAAAAGUGUGCAAAGGAAAUCGAGGAUCCUGCAGAGGAGCAUGAUAGCUCGCAUCUCCGUAACAUGAGAGUUAAGCUCACCAUCUCUUCUGACACAGAUCACGCGGCAGAAAUUUCGCUCACUUACUUGGUCAAGAAAGCGUCGUGGAAGCCAAUGUUCGAUUUGCGUGCAGUCACUGGUCCUGAUGGAAUGCCAACGAACAAGUUUGCGUUGCACUAUCGGGCAUCCGUCCAGCAAUCAACCGGAGAGGAUUGGACGGAUGCCAUCCUGAAUCUUUCAACUGCCAGCCCAGAUUCGCUUUCGACGAGAAUUCCAACUCUGAAUAGUGUCAAGAUUGUCGCCGGUAGCGGCGGCCUAUUUGGCUCCAAACCGGUUGCCGCUGCUCCCCAAGCAGCUCUCUUUGGACAGACCGGUGGAUUCAGAUUAUUCGGUAGUAGCCAGAACAAUAACAACAACGCACAAAGCACGAAUUCUUUCGGUGCCUUUGCCAAUACACUGCCUGCCGCAGCCCCAGCUGGUGCCCCCUUGCCGCCCGCCCCAAGUGGUUUCGGCCAGCAAACGCAUCUGGCAGACUAUGAUGGGGAAGAAGGAGAAGCCGAGAGUGUAGCAGAAGCUCUUCCUCAAAUCGAGGUUCCAGACGCCAUUGCCUCAAAGAACAGCAUGGCCACCAACUUUCAGGUCGUCGGUCAAGUCAAUAUCCGCAGCGAUGGAUCAACGCACAAAGUGGCUAUUGCGACACUGUCUCUAAACUCGAGCAUUGAUCAAGUGGUAGUUCCUCGUGGUAUUAACGGGGCAUAUUUCCACGCAAAAAUUCAAAACUCUUCUAAAGAUACGCAUCUUCUUCCUGGAAGCAUGAGUGUCUACCUCGAUGAAGGGUUCAUUGCUCAGUCGGAAGUACCACACGUCUCUCCUGGAGACUAUUUCACAUGUUCCCUCGGUCGCGACUAUACGAUCGGGGUUGCCUAUGACCAGAAGAGCAAGCGCUUGCCCGUACCAACCAAUCUGUUUGGGCAGAAUCAACAACGGGUCGUGUAUACGGUCACUUGUACGGUGACAAAUAGAAAGGAUCCGCCGGUUCGUGGGUUGAUAGUCCGGGACGUGAUCCCAGUGGCGGAAGGAGCUGCCAUCAAAGUUGUCCUCACCAAGCCCGCUGGCCUCGCGGAAAUGGAGGAAGGACAAGAACUCGAGGUCGAGCAAGGUGUCUGGAUACGCUGGUGCAAAUCUGCGCGGGACAAGGGAGGGAUGAAGGAGGGCCGGCUCGAAUGGCGCGUGGACUUGGAGAGCCGAGCGAGCAAGGCACUUGUGCUCGAGUGGGAAGUAUCAUCUCCACCUGGCAACCGCUGGGGCUUCCAAGUUCAAAGGUAG